AUGGGUAGAGCUUCUGCCAACACCAAGAUGGGCAAGACUAAGAUUACCAUGGUGAGAGUCAGAGGUGGUAACUACAAGGUUAGAGCUCUCAGAUUGAACAGUGGUAACUUUGCUUGGGGAAGUGAAGCUAUGUCAACACCAACCAGAAUCAUGGACGUUGUUUACAACGCCACCAACAACGAAUUGGUCAGAACCAAGGCUAUUGUCAAGGGUGCUAUUGUUUUGGUUGAUGCUUCUCCAUUCAAGCAAUUCUAUGAAAAGACAUACGGUAUUUCCCUCGGUAAGAAGAAGGAAGACUUGUUGGAAAAGAUGGAUGAGAAGGCCAAGGCUAAGGUUUUGGAAAACAGAAAGAAGGCUCCAGAAGUCGAUCCACUCCUCAGAGAACAAUUGUCCACUGGUAGAUUGUUGGCCCGUAUCAGAUCUAGACCAGGUCAAGUUGGUCGUGCUGACGGACACCUUUUGGAAGGUGCUGAAUUGGCCUUCUACUUGAAGAAGAUCCAACAAAAGAAGUCAAAGAAGUAA